GUGUUUUUGUUCUACGGGGUGAUACUAUCAAACUGCAAUAAUUUAAAAGAGAAUAGAGUGCCUUUUUUCAAAACAUGCAGGUUUCCUGUCAUUGUGUCCGUUAUUUCUACUGCCUGAUUGUUUUCCACGUCUUUUUAAGUGUAGCUUUGGUUUGAUGCACGCCAGAUGAAUGUGUAUUUUCAGCUGUUUAUUAUCGGAUCAGAGCAGUUUACUAAUGACUCCCCUCCUCCUUCCGCCUUCUUCCUCCUCCUCUCGCCCUCCUCCUCCUUGUCUCGCAUCCUCUCCUCUCUCACCGACGGAGCUUGGUCUGUUCUCAAGCCACGUUUCGUCGGACUCUGCCCUGAUCUCCAAGUACUUCUGAGCGGCUUCGUGUGCAGAAACCUUAUGGAACAAACUUGAACCUGCCUCGGAACUCUACACUCCAACUUCCACUUUCUGCUAUAGAAUAUCUGGACGGGCACUUUACGUUUUUCUGAGAAGUUUGAGCACUUUUCCUGGAGUCUAUCAGAGUUUUGGUUACACCAGUGAUGUCUCUGGAGAGGAGCCGCUCCGGGACGCACCCGAACAGGUGCCCUACUUUUACUUGACCACAGACUUGGUGAAAACUGUUCGUGCGACACAAUACGAGGCGUCUGAAAAGCCCAAGAUAGUUUCAAGGUAUGGCUUGCGCCCUGUUGAACUGAUUAUCACAACCCGGAGAUGGAUCGAUCAUUCUGGACCACACAGUUUCAUGUCGCGGUUUUGACUGAAUCAUGAUGCGGUCUCCACCCCUGAGGCUCCUCUGUUUGUGGCUGUGCAGCGAGGCCAUCGCCAACCAACUCCACGGGCAUAAAACAAAGACGACUUUCAGUCCUCAUUAUGAAUCCACCGACGCUGGCAGGAAUGCACCAAGCCGGACAUGGCGCACAGUCAGCGGGGAGGACAAAGGGAGGGCGCACGAUGUGAAAGCCUCGUGGCUGGAUACUGUAAACCCAGCAUCUUCUGGGCUGCUGCGGAUUCAUGCACCCCAGCGCUCUGUGCGUAAAAGUGACACUCAUGAUGGAACUCGGUACAUCCGAACUGUACUCACAAACGAAGAUUUACGCACGGAAGAAAACAACGCCGAGCGGAGGAAUAGAUGCAUUCUGACAGAGGUACUUAAACAAACCCCACAUGGACUCACUUGCGGCACCAGGGCGAAUGGACACAAACGGCGCCAAAGGCGGAAUGCAAAAUCCAGCAGGGUGCGGAGUAGCAAGUUGCAGCAGGAUGGAACCGGGAGCGCAUGGGACGUCCUGCCUGCAGUCAUGGCGCAGGAACAGGAGAGGGGACCCUCUUUCGGCCUCAACACCAGCGACUAUGAGGACGAGUACUCUGUGCCGGACUUCCCCGAAACGACGCCUCUCUCCCCAGUAAACACACGGACUCGACGCAAGCAGCUGAGGCACCCGUUCUACCCGGUGACCGCGGAGUCUUACGGAGCGUACGCGGUCAUGAUCACCGCCGCCAUCAUCUUCAGUGUGGGGAUCAUUGGGAACGUGUCGGUCAUGUGCAUCGUGUGUCACAACUACUACAUGAGGAGCAUCUCCAACUCCUUGCUGGCCAACCUCGCGCUCUGGGAUUUCGUCAUCAUCUUUUUCUGCCUGCCGCUAGUGGUGUUUCAGGAGCUCACCAAGAACUGGCUGCUGGGGGAGUUCUCGUGCAGGAUUAUCCCCUACCUGGAGGUCGCGUCUCUUGGGGUCACGACCUUCACACUUUGUGCUCUGUGCAUCGAUCGUUUCCGUGCAGCCAGCAACGUGCAGAUGUACUACGAGAUGAUUGAGAACUGGAUGUCAACUACAGCAAAGCUGGCCGUCAUAUGGGUGGGUGCUUUGCUGCUGGCACUGCCUGAGCUGCUGAUCCGACAGCUGGUCACUGAGGAUGGCGACCCGCCAGACAUGACGCCGUGCGAGCGCUGCGUGGUCCGGAUCUCCACUGAGCUCCCAGACACACUGUAUGUCCUGGGGCUCACCUACGACGGUGCACGUCUCUGGUGGUACUUCGGCUGCUACUUCUGCCUACCAACACUGUUUACCAUCUGCAGCUCGUUGGUCACUGCUCGCAAGAUCCGCCGGGCAGAGCGAGCCUGUGUCCGUGGGGGCAAGAAGCAGAUCCAGUUGGAGAGCCAGAUGAACUGUGCCGUGGUGGCGUUAGCCAUCCUCUACGGCUUCUGCAUCAUCCCAGAAAACAUCUGCAACAUUGUCACCGUGUACAUGGCGGCCGGCAUUCCCAGGAGAACCCUGGACAUCCUCCAUCUGGUCAGCCAGUUGCUGCUCUUCUGUAAGUCUGCCGUGACGCCUGUGCUGCUGUUCUGCCUGUGCCAGCCAUUCACCAGAGCCUUCCUGGACUGCUGUUGCUGCUGCUGUGAUGAGUGCAGUCCAGCUCACUCCCCCACCACUGCCAUGAGUGAUAUCGAUAAUGAGUGCACCACCACUGAGUUGGAGCUGUCACCGUUCAGUACCGUUCACAGGGAAGCAUCCACCUCAGCUGCCUACUCUGCCGUGGGAACCCACUGCUGAGGACAAAGGUCAAAUGUGUUAGGUGGAGCUUCAUCUGAUGUGAUCAGGACUAUGUUUAGUAGACAUAGUGUCAUUUCCUAAGCAACCCAAACUGUUGAACUGUUGUGUUUGCUGGUAGAUAGACUGAGCACACUACUGUCCAUCCAUUCACUGUUUACAGAGUUUCUGUAUUUGAAAGAAUACAGUCAGUAUUAGUUUUUGACAAUUAUUUUAGUUUUUCUUUUUAAUUAACUCACCAGUAUUUUUUAUUGAAUGUGCACUCGGUUGUACUUUUUGUUUUUUGUUUGUUGUCACUGUGUGUAAUAGAACCUGAGAGCAGACAUGGCCGCUGAUAAUUUUUUUUAAUGAUUUGACAUCAUGAAACAAUGCGAUAGAAGAAUUUGGUAAACUUUAUUUUAUGAAUGGUAACUUUGUAAGAAAUUCCCUUAAAAAAGAGAAAAUCGAGAAUAUGUAGAAGUUAUUCAGUUUCCUUUUAAACAGUAUUACAUUUGCAUCCAAAACAUUGUUUUUAAAUUACUUUUCCUGGAUACUGUAUCUUCCAAGUAAUUCAUGCCAAAUGUUGUUGUUUUUUUUCAUUGAAAACUUAGCUGAAAAUUAUCAGAAAACUACAGACCACAAAGACAAAGCGUUCCUUGAAAUAGUUGUGGUGAGAUCACAACUUAAAAAAUAAUCUCCAACCGCGGCUUCUGUCACAUUCAGGUUUGUUCUUCUGGAUGUUCUUGUUGGUUUCCUUCUUUCUUUGUGUUAGUGAGCCAGUGAAACUUGCAGUAAUAUAUCAAAAAUGGUGGUGACUCUGUCUUGUGUUUGUUAUGAAUCCCUAUUGGCUGUGUGAGCGUUUCCUUCGUCACUCUGUGUUUGACAGCAGAAAUCUCUGUUCAGCCCGUAAUGUGAUAAGGUAAAGAAUUAUUGGGAUUUUUUUGUUUGUUUUUUCUGGCCACAAGAAGUUGUCACUUUUAUUAAAACAUAUUUUACAAUAGA